UUUUAUUCCGUAGCAGUAACUCCUUCCAGACAAUUUGAUCACGAUGACUCUCUAUGUUACUGACUGGCGUCUAUCAGUCUUUUAUUUUAUUUAUUUAUUUUUUCACUUACAGUGUUUGAGUGAAAUUAAACUUCUUAUCCCAAUAUCCCUAUUAUUUCCACUCCUCGAAUCCAUCUCUAACAAAACUUGUCCUUUUACAAAAACCCAAAAAUCUUCAACGCCGUUGCAAAAAAUAAUCACAUUAACCACAACCCCAAAAAAAUUACUCAAAGAAAAAAAAAAAUAAAACCAGUUUUCUACUCUCUUCCUAUUACAACAUCCAAAAGCUGUUGAAAAAAAAAAAAAUCUCUAGCUUUUUUCCCACUAAAUUUUCCCGGGAAAAUUCACAAAAAAUGGACAAACCCAUGUUUGCCCAUCGAAACCGCUACUAUUUAACUAGCAAGCUCAUCUUCUGGUUCACAAUCUUCAUAUUUUUAAUCCUUCUCUAUUGUCUUAGAUCUUGCUUCUAUUACUACUCUUCUUCGAACCGACCUCGUCAUAUUCUCCAAAGCGGUUGGGACAGUCUCGUUGCGCAAUCGGCGACACCAGCAGACCCCGACUGCAAUCUCUCCAUCCUCGUCACCGGUGCCGCCGGUUUCGUCGGUUUCCACGUCUCGCUGGCCCUGAAGAAACGCGGUGACGGCGUCGUCGGCGUCGACAAUUUCAACAGGUACUACGACCCGUCGUUGAAACGCGACCGUGCCAAAAUCCUCGAACGCAAUGGGGUUUUCGUCGUCGAAGCAGACAUUAACGAUUCAGAGCUUCUCGAGAAGCUUCUUUCAAUUGGCAAAUUCACACACGUCGUGCAUUUGGCCGCUCAGGCCGGAGUUCGAUACGCCAUGAAAAACCCAGAUUCAUACAUCCACAGCAACAUAGCCGGACUAAUUUCAGUCCUCGAAUCCAUCAAAUCGGCGAACCCACAACCGGCAUUGAUCUGGGCAUCGUCUAGUUCGGUCUACGGAUUGAAUUCCAAAGUACCCUUUUCGGAGAAAGACCGUACGGAUCAACCGGCGAGCUUAUACGCAGCGACGAAGAAAGCCGGUGAAGAAAUUGCACAUGCUUACAAUCAUAUAUACGGAAUUUCAAUCACAGGGUUGAGGUUUUUCACUGUUUAUGGUCCAUGGGGUCGACCCGAUAUGGCGUAUUUCUCAUUCACCAAGGAUAUAUUGAAGAGAAAGAGGAUUAUGAUCUAUGAAGGUCCUAAUCAACGAUCGGUGGCUAGAGAUUUCACCUACGUUGAUGAUAUUGUGAAAGGCUGUCUGGCUGCUUUGGAUACGGCGGAGAAGAGUACCGGAAGUGGUGGGAAAAAAACAGGGCCGGCUCAGUUACGGGUUUAUAAUCUCGGAAAUACAUCGCCGGUGAUGGUGAAGAAGUUAGUGAGCAUAUUGGAGAAGCUGUUGAAGGUGGAGGCUAGGAAGCAAGUGUUGCCGAUGCCCAGGAAUGGGGAUGUUAUGUUUACACAUGCGAAUCUAAGCUUGGCGGAGACAGAGCUUGGUUAUAAGCCUACCACGGAUUUGCAAACUGGGUUGAAAAAUUUUGUAAAGUGGUAUCUUUAUUAUUACUACUUUCAAUCUGAGAAGAGUGUUAUGUAGUAUUAAUUAAUUUAUUUACUUUUUUGAUCUA